AUGGCCACGAUCAACUCCCUCCAACGGGUCUCAGCCGCCUCCCUCUCCAAAAUCAUCCUCAACGCAUCCGACGUCGCGGCAGCAGGCGACCCCACCAUCGCCGUGAUCGAUGUCCGCGAUGAUGAUUACAUAGGCGGCCACAUCAAAGGCGCCCGCAACGUGCCCUCCCGCCAACUCGACGCCAUGCUGCCCACCCUAGUCCGCCAGCUACGCGACAAGGAUACUGUCGUCUUCCACUGUGCGCUAUCCCAGCAGCGGGGGCCGAACGCCGCGUUGCGGUAUUUGAGGGAGAGGGAUCGGAUUUUGGCUACUGAUUCUGCUGCUGCUGGUGGUGCUUCUGAGGGUUCGACGGCGGGGACGACGGUUGUGGGUGUCGCUGCGGCGGAUGUGGAUGGGGUGGGAGCGGGGGAGGGCGGUGGUGAUGGUGCUGCUGCUGUUGCGGCUGUUGCUGGGACGGCGUCUGGGACGGGAGAGGAGGGGAAGCGGAAGAAGACGCAACAGGUGUUGGUGUUGGAUCGGGGGUUUGUGGGGUGGCAGGAGGAGUUUGGGAAGGAUGAGCGGUUAACGGAGGGGUAUCGGGAGGAGUUGUGGAAGGAUGGGUAUUGGGGGUAG